AUGGAACACGCGAUAUUAUUAUUGCUGUUUAAUUGUUGCAUUCACUUUCAUUCUGAUACUAUCCUUGGCCUGUUAGGAAAAGUGUCACAGCAGGUAAGAAAUGAACAGAAGGAACUACAGAGAUAUCCAAACAGAAUAAGAGACACAUUGAAAUCAUUGCAGGGUAAUAUAUUAAAAAGGCCUCUUAUGAAGCAAAUAAAGUUAAAAGAAUGGGAUAACACCCUCAUGAACACGGACUUCAGCAUUGAUUACAUCUUAAAAGAGUUAGAGAAACAUUCUCCGACUCAUAUUUUAUUAGCCUUAACCAUGCUAAAAGAAUUAGAAAAUAUUAUAGUAGGAAAUAGUCUAGUCAAUAGGUCCCAAGUGGCAGUUUCGGAAAGCAUUCUACUUACUCAUAAAUCCAUACGGAAGGAACAAUUGUGUUACUUGAGCAUACUUCUGUUUCAUCUACUCAGCCAUACUCCUUAUUUAGACAGUAAUGUCUCUAUACAUGAAGCCAAAUAUUUAAAUAAAAUUACAGUAGACAAUACAUGGAUGCUACUGGCAACAGAGUAUCUAGUGCCAGGGGUUGAGACACAGCAAAAAUACGCAUAUGCCAAUAGAGACAGUUCAGCUAAGGAGGGUAAUGAAGUAGGGCUUCACACGGAAGCAGUACAGGAAG